AGUGUCUUUUCUUCUGUUAUGACUUUAUUGGGAGACUAGAAACUGCAUGCAUCAGAAGUACCGAGUACCUUGACCUAGAUGUUCACCAACACCGUACAACCGAACAUCAUCUCUCUAUUCUCUUCUACAAGCAGUGAACCCCUUUCCCUGUUCUCACAGCAGGUAGAUGGGUCUCUCGCCGCAGAUUCGUUCAUACAUUUCCUGAACGAUGCGUCCUCGUUACCACCUCCCUCUCCACCUGCUGUCCUCUGCUCGAUGCCACCACUCGAUGACCAAGAUGAACCAAAUAUUGGCUAUAGCCUACAUCAAACUGUCCUUCAUAUUCAGUCCCCAACUCUCCGGAUGACCUUCAUCCAGUCUCCACCUAAUACAGGUCCCGGCGACAGAGACUUGGGCUUAAAGCAUAAAUGGCUUCAUUUGCAAGUUCGAAACAUGGGCAGGGAGUGGUCUUUCGACAUAGGUAUCGUUGACAAGUCGGGCAGGCGCGGUGUAGUUCGCUGCUCGACAUUUCAGAAGGAACCCAAACUUACAACGUCUCCUGCUCCGAAUGCGCAACCGGUCCUUCAUCUGCCUCUUUCAUUUCCACAACCUUCAUCUCGUCCCUUGACAGCAUGGUCUACAAUUACGCUUAAUCUUCCGUCCUUGAUACCCCAUUUUAGCACACUUGCUGGCAGGAAUAAGCUCGAUGAUGAUGAAGGCAGUCGUCAUGAUAUCAACCGUCCAGCAACAUUUUCAGCGACGAAUAUCCCUAGCGGGACAUACUCGCACUUGUCUUUCAUCAAAAUUUAUGCGACAUGUCGUUUACGAAGAAUAUGGUUGAGUGACCUUCUCCCGGACUCGCGGGUGCCAUGGGAGUUUGAGUUAUAUGGGGCUUAGAUGGAUUAUGUGGUCGCGUGGAUGGUCAUCUGUUAGAUCGCGCGAUGAUGCGGUGAGCUUCAACAAAAGAUAUAUUCUUUAUCAUGACUAUCCCUAUCUCAAUCACACAAGCGUCGUAUAUCUUGGCGUUCUUGUUCUGCACCGAUAGUCACGGUCCUUGUACCCUCACGCUGCACAUGAUUUCUCUUGGAGUACCCGAUCGUACGACUAUGUGCUGAAAUGGGCACAAAGACAAUGCGACGCCUGCCGUCAAGUAUCUUGAUCUGAUGGCUCAAGGGAACCUCAAGCACGUCGCGCUCAGUAAGAUUGAUCAAGGAUACGUGUCAAUGCACACCAUCCAUUUCGCGAAUCGCUUCGGUCUGGUCCUGAACCUCCCGUGGCAUAGAUGCGGUUGUUGCAAUGCAGAUCAUAGAUAACCCGUCCAUUAUGCUCA